AUGUACGAAUAUCUCCAGAAGCUGCCCAAAUGUGAGCACCACAUCCACCUGGAGGGCGCCUUGACUCCGGAACUUCUCUUCAGCAUGGCUCAGAAGAAUCACAUAGACUUGCCAGAGGAUGAUCCUGCUUUCCUGAGUCCGGAGAGUCUCACAGCAAGAUACCGAGACUUCUCCUGCCUCGAUGACUUCCUGGGCUACUACUACAUUGGCAUGAACUCGCUACUUGACGUCGCUGACUUCGAGGCUCUGGCUUGGGACUACUUCCAGCAUGCUGCUCAGGACGGUGUGGCGCAUGCUGAGUGCUUCUUCGAUCCUCAGGCUCACGUCUCGAGAGGUGUAGGUUACGAUGUGGUGCUCUCGGGCUUCAAAGCUGCACAGAAACGUGCUCAAGCAGAGCUGGGGAUAUCGAGCGAACUCAUCUGCUGCUUCCUGCGCCAUCUCCCGCCGCCAGAGGCACUCGAGACUCUGCGCAGCUCCCCUGUGCAGACCAGUAUGAAGUCUGGAGACGUGAUUGGCAUAGGUCUGGACUCUAGCGAGAAGGACUUUCCGCCCCAGCUUUUCCAACAAGUGUACGACGAGGCUCGUGCUUUGGGCUUGAGGUGCACUGCCCAUGCUGGCGAAGAAGGACCAGCAGAGUACAUCGCCACGGCAUUAGAUGAUUUGAGGGUUCAACGCAUCGACCAUGGCGUCCGACUUGCCGAAGAUCCGAAGCUCAUGCAGCGCAUUGCCAACGACCAGACUCUCCUGACAAUCUGCCCUAUAAGCAAUGUAUACCUGAAAUGCGUGACGUCCGUCGCGGAGCUUCCGAUCAGGACUUUCUUGGACGCGGGUGUCCAAUUCAGCAUAAAUAGCGACGACCCGGCCUACUUCGGCGACAACUACAUCCUGGCCAAUUAUCGUGCUGUACAAGAUGCCUUUAGCCUGACGCCACGGGAAUGGGCAGGCAUCUGUAGAGCGGGCAUCAAAGGUAGUUGGUGUGACGAGACGAGGAAGAAGGAACUAAUGCAGAGAGUGCAAUCUGUGCUGGACGAAUGGGUGGCGAGACAUGAUGCGUAA